AGUCAUAACACUGUAUAGUUCAAGAAUCACCUCUCUGUUUAUUAUAAAUAAAUUUAUUUAACGUAAAUGUAUACCUAGGAAACAAGUUCGUGACUAAAAAACUAUAAAUUCGUGAUGGUUCAUGUAGAAAAUAGUUGGAUAUCAGUGAAAAGUUAAAAAACAAUAAAUUCUAUAAGAAUAAAAGCACUGUACAUAUUGAAAUAGCUAUUUAUUGAACAAUGAUUAAAUAAUAGAAUUACGAACUUGUUCUCGGUACAACACAAAAACAUUUUUUUAACCAUGAAGGUUCAAUACGAUGUGAGAUAAUAACAAUCAAACUGUACCAGUUAUAUACCCAAGAAAAACCGUAAUAAGUACAGUAAAAAAAUGCACUGUUAGACCAAACGAAAGUUUAGUAAGAAAGCAGUUGUUUUUCUAUACAACUUGUUGAACACAGGUCAUGUGUCCGACUAAACAACUAAAAACACAGAAAAAUGAAGAUUGGAAGAGCAGAAAGACGCUUAAAGAGAUCAUCAAACGGAUGAAAGAUGUCAUAACUGUCGAGCCUUUGGUCGCCUGCUAUCAGAUGGCGUUGUUCCUGUCAAAACCGGCCCUAGAUAAUUUGGAAUUCGAAAAAUCGUGCAGGGUAAACUUGGGCUUUAAUGAUACAGUGUGUGAUAAUAUUUUAUCAGGAAAUCAUGAGAACUACGUUUUGGAAAAUGAUCAAGUCCAAACUGUGAUCAGUACCAUGCAUUCUUGGCAACAACCUGUUCAAAGCUUCACCCCUCUGGUACUAGUACUAUUUUUAGGAUCUUUCAGUGACAGACACAAAUUAAGAAAACCUUUUUUGCUGAUGCCUAUUGUCGGUGAAUUGUUCGGAGUUACUGGUUGUAUGUUAUGUGCCAUUUUUAUGCACCAACUACCCCUAGAAUUCCAAGGAAUCAUGCAAAAAGUCAUCCCCUCAUUAUUCGGAGGCCAAACCAUGUUAGCCAUGGCCAGCACAGCUUACAUAGCUGACGUGAGCUCAGUAGAAAUGAGAACGUUACGUUUAGGCAUCGUUCAGAUAGUCCUCAGUGUGGCACUGCCCUUAGUUCAAUCGUUUAGCGGUAUUUUUUAUGUGAACACCGGAUAUGUCACAGUACUCAGCGUGACACUGAUGUUAAACGUCAUAGCGCUGAGCUAUGGACUGUUCUGGAUCAGAGAGCCCCAAAAAAACAAGUGUCAGAAGUGGGAUAAGUGUAUUUUGGUGGAUAUUUUCGAUCCCAAGCACGCCAAGGACACGUUUAAUUUAGUGUUGAAGAAGGAUGAGAAUGAUAGGUUGUUGAUUUGGUUGAUGGUGCUCAGUGGGUUCAUUUACAAAGCUGCCUUCGACGGUGAAAGCAGCAUCUUAUAUUUGUACACCCAGAACGUUUUCGAAUGGACGCCACUGGAAUACAGCUAUUUCAUCACAGUGAACUCAUUGGUGGCACUCGCAGGACACUUACUAGCUGUUCCCUUAUUUACAAAAAUUCUCCACUUCAGCGACUUGAUAAUAUUACUAAUAUCAAUCAUCGAUAAAAUAAUAACAAAUGUUAUAUUUGGACUGGCACGAAACAUCACCGUUUUUUACGCAGGCGUGGCAAUCAGUAUAGUUACCAGGGUAUACCGUACAGCAAAAAAGUCCCUAGCCACGAAAAUAGUUACUAGAAAUGACGUAGGCAAGGCCCAGUCUCUUUUGGGAAUAUGCGAUGUAUUGGCGCCCGCAUUUUUUGUUCCUAUAUACAAUAAAAUAAUUUAUAUCAACACUUUACAAACCAGUCCAGGUUUGUUUUUCUUUUUUAGCAUCAUCCUGUAUAGUAUUUGUUGUUUCUUAAUAAUAUUAAUGUACAUCAGAGUGAAGAAGAAAUCAAAAAAUAUCCAGAAAAAAGCAGAAACAGGAGUUAAUAUCUCAGAUCGUACAAAAAAUGACAAUAAUAAUAUAAUAGAGACCAUACAUCUGUGAAUGCAUCUCUA